GUCUCACGUUCUCUGUUUUGUAUUUAAGCGAUGGCGAGCAACAUGUUAGUUUAGUCGUUCCGUGCUCUGUGUAUGUGAUACUUCAAUUACCUACGCUAUCUUUAGUAUAAAUAACUGACUUAAAAUCUAUUAAAAAACUGAAAAUGCCGGAAGGUUAUACGAAAGCCACUGCGUGGCUGCAAAUCCAGAGCCUGCUGAGCAGCGUGAAUCACAUGCUGAUCUUCCUGGUGGCUGCCUUCUUUUUCGUCCUAGCUCGAAGUCUGGAGUUCAAGGAUACGGCCAUGCAUAUGUUUAUGACGGGAAUCGGAUUCCACGUCCUAAUCGCCCAGGCCAUGAUGUCACACUCUAAAGUGAAUCCGCUUACCCGCUGGAUGUCACACCGCAACAAGUCGCGUUUCCACGCCAUCCUGCAAAUUGUGGGUGGCUCUAUGGUUCUGUUGGGCUCUCUGGGCAAGUUUUCCAGCAAGGAAGUGCACUUUAACACCUGGCACGGUCGAGUGGGAGGAGCUGCUGCUUUUGGCUGUGCGGCCAGUAUUGUUGGCGGAUUCGUGAACUAUUUCCAGCCUAAGGUCGUCCUGAAGGUGAUGCCUCCUUCGGAGCUUCGUUUCCGCCAUAAUCUAUUUGGCUUGGUCACCUUCAGUCUGGGCAUGGGUGCCAUCUACCUGGGCUACUACUCCAAAUUCUUUACCAAGCACGUGGAUAACGAUUUUAUUCCCGGCAUGAUGCUGGUCACAUCGCUGGUUUACGGACUUACCAUUCUUGCGCCGGUGUUGUCUCUCAUAACUAAACUUAAAUAUAGAUCCAAAAAGAAGGCAGAGCAGAGCCAGUAAGAAAAGCUGGGAAGGAUAAGGCCAUUGAGGCUAACAGGAAUUUGUCAGGUCCUAGUAAAUAAAUAAAGAGCUUGGCAUUUAGCCAAAUUGAAA